GCUCGCCCCGAUAUUGACAUUCGGGUGGAACCAUACCAUCAAAUAAUCCAAUUAUCGUCACUCGCAGACCAUUAAUUAACACGACGAUGUGGACGUGACGACGGCGUGGUGUGACUUCUUCGACCUCUCUCCGUGACCUUUACCUCGCCAUGUCGGAGCUUAAGUUGCGGCAACACUAUGAAGGACAGUUGAAUAAGUAUACCAACGUCAUGAAGGGGUGGCAGUUUCGUUGGUUUGUUCUCCACCCGGACAAAGGAACGUUGGAGUAUCAUGUGACGGAGGGCGAAGUUCGCGGAUCUCGACCCAGAGGUUGCCUCCAUCUCGCAGGAGCGGUUAUUUCCCCCUCAGAGGAAGACUCGCACACCUUUGUUGUCCACGCUGCUUCUGGUGACCUCUACAAGUUGAGGGCCGUCGACGCCAAGGAGAGACAAGAGUGGAUUACGAGGCUCAGAGUAGUCGCCGAACUCCAUUCUCAAGCAUUAUCGCAGACUAAUAGUGGCCUACGCGAAGGUUCGGGUGGUCUUAUUGUUCCCACAAAUGCCUCAAUUUUAGACGCCUUCUCCCAAGUCACCGACUGGUUGACGAAAGCGGAAAACGCCGCAUCCGACGUGGCCGGAUGUAUCGAUAGGUUUCCUAUUUCUGGUCCCACCAUGAAGUGUACGGACGGAGAAGUCCUAGUGCUCAAAGCGACCGCCCAAGCGACCCUUGGUUGUCUGGAGGAAUGCCUCUACGCCCUCCAACUCCAGCAAAGGGCCUGUUCCUCCAAACAGCAGGGAAGCCAUAGUAGUAAUAAAUCCGCAUUUGGUUCUACCUCUUCAAUGAAAUGAAAAUCACUUGUUCAUCAUCAUUAUCAUCAAGAAGAAAAUCAUUAUUAUAAUUUGUAACCAUUCCCUCCUCCCUCGGGAUGACUCUUCAGUUUCGUUCCACGCACUCAACCGAUAAGCACGGCCACGAUAUUAUUAAACAUAUUAAUUAAUAUUAAUCAAUAAUAUAAUAAAUGAAGAAAUAAAUACAAACUGCACACUAAUAAACUU